UUGCGCUAACGCAUCGUUUAUCCCCCAGUUCCCAUUCCGAAUCAAGUGGGCUCAGUUGAUCGCUUGCUCCUCCGAACCGCUUCCGAGUUACAGAGAAAGCAUAAGUACCCAUUUGCCUCGGCCACCACCAGCAAUGGCUGCGUUCUUAGCUCGCAAAUCUAUUCUUGCUCUUCGCUCUCGGCAACUCGCAGUACCAGUGCAAACAUUGCAGGGUUCACACCAUUAUGGGCUUCGUUUUGGUGCACACUCUUACUCCACCAAACUAGAAGAUGAAGAAAGAGAACAACUUGCAAAGGAGAUAUCAAAGGAUUGGAAUUCUGUUUUUGAGCGAAGCAUAAACACAUUAUUUCUGACUGAAAUGGUUCGGGGUCUGAUGCUGACACUCAAAUAUUUCUUUGACAAAAAAGUCACUAUCAAUUAUCCUUUUGAGAAAGGUCCUUUGAGCCCUCGUUUUCGUGGUGAGCAUGCACUACGCCGGUACCCAACGGGAGAGGAGCGUUGCAUUGCAUGCAAACUUUGUGAAGCUGUAUGUCCAGCACAAGCAAUCACAAUUGAAGCAGAGGAACGGGAAGACGGUAGCCGUAGGACUACCAGGUAUGACAUUGACAUGACAAAGUGCAUAUACUGUGGAUUCUGUCAAGAGGCAUGCCCUGUUGAUGCCAUUGUUGAAGGACCAAACUUUGAAUUUGCAACUGAGACACAUGAGGAGCUUCUGUAUGACAAAGAAAAGCUUCUUGAGAAUGGAGACCGUUGGGAGAGUGAGAUCGCAGAAAACCUCAGAUCUGAAAGCCUCUAUCGCUGAUCUUCCACCCCAUAUAUAGAAGAAUGAGGAAGGGAAGGUACAGGCGACUUAUUAGUCAUCUUCCUUCCUAGUCAAGAUACUUUCAUUUUCUCGACAUUUUGAAUGUGUGGAAAUAAAUAGAUCUGCCAAUGGGUCUUGAAGAUAUUUGUGUUGGGAUUUGAGACAUGAUAAUCUUUGUUGUUGAUUUGUAUUAAGUUAAUGGAUUCCAAAUGCAGUGAAACAAAUUUCUUUUUGGUAA